AUGCCGACCUCCCCCCCAACGCUGCGUGCCGCUCUGCAGGACUACACACCCCCGCCGUACCUGAUCGACUCGGUGCACCUCAACUUUCUUCUGGGGGACACCGUGACGCGCGUUGAGAGCUGCAUGCAGGUCCUGCCCAACCACGCCGCCUCGGAGCGCCCACCGCUCUUCCUGCACGGCUGCGAGGACGUGAAGCUGGUGGCUGUGAAGGUCAACGGCGAGAGCCUGCCUGUUGAGCAGUAUGAGGUGGAGUCAAGCGGCCUCACCCUGAAGACCCCGCCCGCGGGCGCGUUUGAGCUGGAGGUGCACACUGACCUUCACCCAGACCAGAACACGUCCCUGGAGGGGCUGUACACGUCGGGGGGCAACUUCUGCACGCAGUGCGAGGCGGAGGGCUUCCGGGGCAUCACCUUCUUCAUGGACCGACCCGAUGUGAUGGCCAAGUACACCACACGCAUCGAGGCCGACAAGGCCGCCUGCCCCGUGCUGCUCAGCAACGGCAACCUGGUGGGGUCGGGGGAGGCGGAGGGCGGGCGCCACUUCACGGUGUGGGAGGAUCCCUUCCGCAAGCCAUGCUACCUGUUUGCCCUGGUGGCGGGAGACCUGUGCAUGAAGGAGGACACCUUCACCACCUGCAGCGGGCGCAGCGUGGCCCUGCGCAUCUUCACCCGCGCGCACGACAUCGGCCGCGUCGACUUUGCCAUGCAGUCGCUCAAGCGCUCCAUGAAGUGGGAUGAGGAGGUGUUUGGGCUGGAGUACGACCUGGAUCUGUUCAACAUUGUUGCCGUGGACGACUUCAACAUGGGAGCCAUGGAGAACAAGAGCCUCAACAUCUUCAACUCCCGCCUCGUGCUGGCCACCCCCGACACCGCCACCGACGGCGACUUUGGGCGCAUCGAGGGCGUGGUGGGGCACGAGUACUUCCACAACUGGACGGGCAACCGCGUGACCUGCCGCGACUGGUUCCAGCUGACGCUCAAGGAAGGCCUGACGGUGUACCGUGACCAGGAGUUCAGCGCCGACAUGAACAGCCGCCCCGUGAGGCGGGUGGAGGAUGUGUGCCGCCUGCGGGCGGCGCAGUUCCAGGAGGACAACGGCCCCAUGGCCCACCCCAUCCGCCCCGAGUCCUACAUAAAGAUGGAUAACUUCUACACGCUGACGGUCUACGAGAAGGGCGCGGAGGUGAUCCGCCUGUACGAGGCUGUGCUGGGCAAGGCCGGCUUCCGCAAGGGCAUGGACCUGUACUUCCAGCGCCACGAUGGGCAGGCUGUCACUUGCGACGACUUCCUGGCUGCCAUGGCCGACGCCAAUGGCGAGGACCUGUCGGCGCUCGCCAAGUGGUACAGCCAGGCGGGCACCCCGCGCCUCUCGGUGGCAGCCGAGUAUAGCCCCGCCGACAAGACCUACACUCUGCGCUUCAAGCAGGCGAGUUGUGGGGCGCGCCGCCUGCUGCUGCCGCCCACCCCUGGGCAGCCCACCAAGGACCCAGUGCUGAUCCCGGUGCGCAUGGGCCUGCUGGCUCCAGAUGGCGGCGAGGUGCCCCUGAAGCUGCGCGGCGGCGAGAUGCUGGGCAGCGAGGCGGUGCUGCGGGUGACCAAGGCGGAGCAGGAGUUUGUGUUUGAGGGCGUGGAGCAGGCGCCGGUGCCGUCGCUGCUGCGCGGCUUCUCAGCGCCUGUGCACAUGACGGUUGAGGGGCAGAGCGAUGAGGACCUGCUGCACCUGCUGGCACACGACACAGACUCGUUCAAUCGCUGGGAGGCGGGGCAUGUGCUGGCCAAGAAGCUGAUGCGGGCUCUGUAUGCAGCUGCCAAGGACAGCAACGAGGUGGGCGGGCGUGGGUUGGGUGGUACGGGCAUGGUGUGUGUGUACGCCCGCGUGGACGGCGCCUUCAAGGCCUUUGCCAUCUCGCUGCCCGAGAACUCGGAACUCAUGGACAAGAUCCCGGAGGCCGACCCCAUCCUGCUGCACGAGGUGCGUGAGUUCCUUACUCGCCAGCUGGCGGCGCGGCUGCGGCCCGAGCUGGAGGCGGCGGUGGCGGAGAACGACUCAGCCCCGGGGGAGCAGUAUGAGUUCACGGCGGCCGCCUGCGCCCGGCGAGCGCUGAAGAACAAGGCUUUGGGCUACCUGGCGGCGCUGGGCGACCCUGGCGUGACGGAGCAGCUACUGCACCGCUUCCGCGGAGCCACCAACAUGACGGAUGAGAUUAACGCUCUGGCGGCGCUGGACCGCGCAGGUGGGGGGUCUGCGUUGCCUGCGGCCCUCACCGGCUUCUACCAGAAAUGGGAGCAGGAGCCGCUGGUACUGCUCAAGUGGCUGGCGCUGCAGGCCGGCAGCAACGUGGCGGGCAACGUGGCGGCGGUGCGGCGCCUGAUGGCCCACCCAGCCUUCCACAUCACCAACCCCAACUCCUGCUACUCCCUCUUCCUGGGCUUUGCGCGCUCCCCAGUCAACUUCCACGCCGCCGACGGCAGCGGGUAUGAGUUCAUGGGCGACGUGGUGCUGCAGCUGGACAAGAUCAACCACCAGGUGGCCUCCCGCAUGGUCUCUGCCUUCACCACCUUCAAGAACUACGACCAGCAGCGGCAGGCCCUGAUGCGUGCCCAGCUGCAGCGCAUCAUGGACACAGAGGGCCUCAGCGACAACGUGUUUGAGAUUGUCAGCAAGAGCCUCAAGGCGUGA